AAUAAUAUGUAGUUCUAAAGUAAUAAGUUAUACUCCCCACACGUUAGGUUCUCUGGCCAGUUAAGCAGUUACAUAUCUCUCGCUCUCUCUCCACCAACAUGUCCGCGACCGCCGAGGAAUCUGAAUUGCAGAACGGAGUCGAAACAGAACCUUCGGAGCCGGAACCAAAGCCAGUGGCUCAACCUGAACCAGAAACAGAGCCGGCAGAAUCAGAGUCAGUGCCGGAGCCCCAGCUGGAACCACCAGUGGCGACAGAUAAAGAUCCCGAUCCCGAUCCCGAAGAACUUAAAGAAAGCUCGAUCCAAUCCAAUGAGUCUGAUAACAAAGCAGCGAAUGCUUCAACUGAGCGUCAGCUGCGCAAAGACGAAGGAAGCCGAACGUUCACGAUGAGGGAGUUGCUCAGUGGAUUGAAAGGCGACGAGCCAGAGGAGACUGGGCCAGAUGCUACCUCGCCUUACAGUCAAGAAAGCCCACAGCGACAUGUAGACCAAAACAAUGCUGCUAUGGAAUUAAUUAAUACUGUGACUGGUGUAGAUGAGGAAGGCCAGUCUCGCCAACGGAUUCUUACAUUUGCAGCCAGGAGGUACGCUUCUGCUAUAGAGAGAAAUCCAGAAGAUUAUGAUGCAUUAUACAAUUGGGCAUUGGUUCUUCAGGAAAGUGCAGAUAAUGUUAGUCAAGAUUCUGCUUCACCUUCUAAGGAUGCCUUGCUUGAGGAAGCUUGUAAGAAGUAUGAUGAGGCUACCCGUCUUUGCCCCUCGCUUCAUGAUGCUUUCUAUAAUUGGGCUAUUGCAAUAUCUGAUCGGGCAAAAAUUCGUGGCCGUACGAAGGAGGCUGAAGAACUAUGGAAGCAGGCAACAAAGAACUAUGAAAAAGCCAUCCAACUCAAUUGGAACAGUCCUCAGGCACUCAAUAAUUGGGGUCUUGCUCUGCAGGAACUCAGUGCAAUUGUUCCUGCACGGGAAAAGCAAAGAAUUGUAAGAACUGCAGUUAGUAAGUUUCGUGCAGCCAUUCGGUUGCAGUUUGACUUCCACCGAGCAAUUUACAACCUUGGAACUGUUUUGUAUGGAUUAGCAGAGGACACACUAAGAAUUGGGGGAUCAGACAAUGCUAAAGAAGUCUCUCCUAACGAGUUAUAUAGCCAAUCUGCUAUCUACAUUGCAGCUGCUCAUGCAUUGAAACCAAAUUAUUCAGUUUACAGCAGUGCCUUGCGGCUGGUUCGUUCCAUGCUACCUUUGCCGCAUCUGAAAGUUGGAUACUUGACAGCACCGCCUGUCGGGAAACCAGUGGCACCUCAUAUUGAUUGGAAACGUUCCCAAUUUGUUUUAAACCAUGAAGGGCUUCUUCAGGUAAACAAAGUUGAGCAAAAACGAGUGCCACAAGGCCUCUCUGGAAAUACAGGGGAUGUAGUGAACAAUGACAAAAGGGGCAUCAGAAUUGAUGUUCCAGAUAUAGUUUCUGUAUCAGCAUGUGCUGAUCUGACUUUGCCACCUGGUGCAGGCCUCUGCAUUGAUACAAUUAAUGGGCCUGUUUUCAUGGUUGCUGACUCGUGGGAAUCCUUGGAUGGAUGGCUUGAUGCAAUCCGUCUAGUUUACACAAUAUAUGCACGCAGGAAGAGUGAUGUUCUAGCAGGUAUCAUAACUAGCUGAUCAUUUGUUAUCUUUAUCGACGGUGCGAUGUUUUUGUUCAGAUGACUAAGAUUUCAUUUUAUUUAAUUGGCUCAUUGGAAUAAAGCUAUUGUAUAUUAGAGAAGUUUGGGACAUUAUCAUGCCUAAUCCAAUUUGGCUUUCCUGAUUUA